AAAGUGUGUGCCAGUCAACCUACCUUCUUAGAUAGUAUUUGGGAGUUUGAGUGCACUUGUACACUAGUGGUUGUACUGGGGAGUUUUACCCAAGGCCCGAGAUCAGCUCUGCAUGGGGUGCUCGUGACUGGAUUUUCAAUUAUCCUUAUUGCCAGCGUGGAAGUACGCCACCUUGGUGCCACCGCAAGAACGUUCCAUGAUUCCUCAUUGUCUUCUUAGAAUCGGCUCUUUAACAUAGACCCCAGCUGGUCUAAGACCGCAAGCUUCCUAUAAAUUAUGCAUCACUCACAACACUCCAAAGUCCGCACAUCGCACAUCCACCAUGGGCAACUGUCUCUCAGCCAAUGACACCAUCACCCUCCGGGAUCUGGUCCUACGACCUGGGACAGCCGAAGUGCAGAUGACAGCUGCCACCAUCAAGCAAGGUCUUACUACCGUUGCAAGCGUACUCAAAGCCAAGGGACUUAAUGUGUCCAUCAUUGCUGUCGGCGGAGCCGUCAACACGCUGUACCUGCAGACCCGCGCGUCCACAGGCGAUGUGGACUUCUUCUACCGCACAAAAACAAAGCACGAGGACGUCACGCAGCUGAUUACAGCUGCCGACUCUGCGCGCAAGACAUUGAAGCUCGAUGAUCAAUGGUUGAACAACCACACAGCGCUGUUCAUCGAGGAAGGCACGAUCCAGAGAUUGUACGACGAAGCCGUGACUCAGAAUGAUGUUGUCUUCAAUGCCCCAGGGCUCAAAGUGUAUGCCGCACCAUGGCGGUACGCGCUCGGGGCGAAGCUCGACCGUCUGUCGAAAACCGGAGCGCGCCCGUAUGACAUGAGCGAUGCUGUUGACUAUCUCGACCGACUAAUUAGGAAGCGAGGCGGGCAAGCACCAGUGAAGAGAUCGGAGCUGAAGGCGUGGGCAAACGAGUUCAAGUUUACAGCCCCGUCGGAUGAUUUGAUAAAUAGGUUGGGAGAUGAGUAUAAAAAGAAAUACGGCAAGGCUGGGAUUAUGAAUGCGUAGUGGCUUUCCUGCUUUCCUGAGUGGAGGUGUUUGUUUACCACUAGGAAAACCCAUCGAAGUGUUACGCCUGAAAGAUUGUCAACAUGGAAUACUCCGCUAGCAGCGCUAAUUUAGGCUAUUCAGCAAAGGGACUAGAUAGGGAACGGCUAGGACUGAUUUUUAUUCUAUCUCACACGCCCAAGUGUCCGAGUACUUCUCCGCUUGCAAAUUGGCCC